AUGCAGUACACGCCAUUUGCUUCCGAUAUUGAACUGCCCUUUUAUACAUCCCUGGCUUCCCACAAGAUCAACCAUGACAAGCUAGAUGACUCCGCCCGGGCCGUGCUGGGCCUAUAUGAGAUCCGCCCCUCUGAUCCCGAUCCCGCAUCAUGUCGGAUUCAAAUACACGGAAAUGCCCUCACUGGCAGCGAAGGACCCGCUGGCUACUACAGAGCCGAAGGCAUGAUCAAAAAUGUCAACACAGUCGAAGAAUAUCGAAACAUUGACAGGCCCCAGCUGCUUCACCAAGCUGGACAGACGGUUUGGGAUGCAAUCCAUGACGGAACAAUCUUCUCAUGUCCGUCAUUGCUGGCCAGCUUCAUUAUCGUGUCUUUUGCCGACCUCAAGAAAUACAAAUUUCAUUACUGGUUUGCUUUUCCGGCAAUCCACUCCGACCCCUCAUGGAUACCAGUGGAAACAGCUAGUCAAGUGUCCCAGCCACCCCAAAGCCAAAAUAUUGAUUCUCUCAACGGGAGGUACCUAUUCCCGCGUGAAAGCACUACCCUCGUGGAAGCCGUGGAGACUUGGUCCUAUGCUGUGGAUCAUCGGCAAAGAGGGUUCUUUCUAGCUCGGAAGACCAAAAAGGACAAUGGCCAUCCCCCUCCAGAAAAUACUGAUAUCGAAGACACCGAGCUGGACAGCAACUGGCAAAUAGCGUCACUUUCAGAAUACGAAAAUGGGUUCUUCAACGACACCGCCGCUGGAGACCGUUAUGUAUGUUUUGCAGACCCAUCGAAUUACGAACAGGCACCGGGGUGGAUGUUACGGAAUUUACUGGUUUUGGUCAGGCAGCGAUGGGGCCUCAACCGAGUACAGAUCCUACGGUAUCGUGACGUGCACUCAAAACGUGAACAGGGCCGCAGCAUGGUCAUUCAACUGAGAUCAAGCGAAAAACAAGAAGUUCAACCACCGAAAGCACCGAUCAAAGAACUUUCGCCGUUACCAAAGGUAACCGGAUGGGAGCGCAACCCAGCAGGAAAGUUGUCAGGGAGAAAUGUUAACCUCACGGAUUACAUGGAUCCUAAAAGAUUGGCAGACCAGUCGGUCGAUCUUAACCUCAAACUCAUCAAGUGGCGAAUUAGCCCGACGCUCAAUCUUGAGAAAAUCAAACACACCAAAUGUCUUUUGCUCGGAGCUGGCACCCUAGGUAGUUAUGUGUCUCGGAACUUGCUGGGUUGGGGUGUGAAGAAAAUCACAUUUGUCGACAAUGGGUCCGUUUCAUUUUCUAACCCUGUUCGGCAGCCUCUAUUCAAUUUCACGGAUUGCUUGAAUGGCGGGGCCCAAAAAGCACAUAGAGCAUCCGCAGCCCUAGCCGAAAUUUAUCCCGGAGUGGAAUCCGAAGGCCAUGCAAUGUCGGUACCUAUGGCGGGUCACCCCAUUGUGGACGAAAAAGCUACAAGGGACGAGUUUGAAACACUUAGAAAGUUGAUCGAUGAGCAUGAUGCUAUUUUUCUUCUCAUGGACACACGGGAAUCACGAUGGCUACCAACCGUGAUGGGCAAAGCCGCAGGGAAGAUCGUCAUGAAUGCUGCCUUAGGGUUUGAUACCUUCGUCGUCAUGCGGCAUGGCAUGAAUGGCGAUAGCACAUCAUUUGAACUUGGAUGCUAUUUCUGCAACGAUGUUGUUGCACCAGCCAACUCGAUCAAGGACCAAACUCUCGACCAACAGUGUACAGUGACCCGUCCUGGAGUAGCCCCCAUAGCAUCUGCACUCCUCGUGGAGCUUUUAGUGUCGCUUCUUCAGCACCCCCAAGGCGCCGCAGCACCAGCUCCGGUGGCUAAAAGCACCGAGAGGGAUGACCAUCCUCUGGGCAUUGUGCCCCAUCAAAUUCGAGGAUUCCUAUCCACAUUUGAGAACUUAUCCGUCACUGGCCAGAGUUACCAAAGCUGUAGUGCAUGUUCGGAGAGAGUGAUUAGUGCAUAUCGCGAGCAUGGUUGGGAUUUCGUGCGAAAAGCCCUAAAUGAACCCGGCUACGUUGAGGAAUUGAGUGGACUAAAAAAGGUUCACGAGAAGGCGGAAGCAGCACUGGCGGAUAUUGAGUGGGAUGAGGCAUCUGACAAUGAAGAGAUCGAGACCCUCUAA